AUGGAAAAUUUUAAUCAAACAUCAACUGAUUUCAUCUUAUUGGGGUUGUUCUCCCCUUCAAGAAUUGGCCUGUUUCUCUUUAUCCUCAUUGUUCUCAUUUUCCUAAUGGCUCUAUUUGGCAACCUCUCCAUGAUUCUCCUCAUCUUUCUGGACAAUCAUCUUCACAAACCCAUGUAUUUUUUACUUAGUCAGCUCUCCCUAAUUGAUUUAAGUUACAUCUCUACCAUUGUCCCAAAAAUGGCUUAUAACUUUCUUUUUGGAAACAAGUCUAUCUCCUUCAUCGGAUGUGCGAUUCAGAUCUUCUUCUUCUUGACUUUAGCAGGUGCAGAAACACUACUCUUGGCAUGUAUGGCUUAUGAUCGUUAUGUGGCCAUUUGCUUUCCUCUCCACUAUCCAGUCAGAAUCAGCAGAAGAGUGUGUAUGCUUAUGAUAAUAGUAUCUUGGGUAAUGGGCUCUAUCAACUCCUGUGCCCACACCACAUAUGCCCUUCAGAUCCCUUAUUGCCGAUCCAGGGAUAUCAAUCAUUUCUUCUGUGAUGUCCCAGCCAUGCUGACUCUGGCCUGCAUGGACACCUGGAUCUAUGAAUAUACAGUGUUUGUGAGCACCAUCCUCUUCCUUUUGUUGCCUUUCCUUGCUAUUGCCUGUUCAUAUGGCCGUGUUCUCCUUGCUGUCUAUCGCAUGAACUCAGCAGAAGGGAAGAAGAAGGCCUAUUCAACCUGCAGCACCCAUUUCACUGUGGUUACUCUCUACUAUGUGCCCUUUGUUUACAAUUAUCUACGCCCAAGGAGUCUCAGAUCUCCCACAGAGGACAAGGUUCUGGCUGUCUUCUAUACUAUCCUGACCCCAAUGCUCAAUCCUGUUAUCUAUAGCCUGAAAAACAAGGAGGUGAUGGGGGCCCUGAGAAGAGUAACUCAGAGAAUCUGCUCUGUGAAAAUGUAG